ACCUCCGGGCGCGCCGCUCAGCCUUUUCCGCUGCAGCCGUGGGAAUGGAAACAUCUAGCCCACUUUCCGGAAGUCCGUGCACGUCGGAGACGGCGUUGCGCCCCUCCGCCUCAUUUCGCCCCGCACCCCUGUGGCUGUCAUCGCGAGAGGAGCUCGCCGGAAUGGCCGCUUGCAGUCAAGGGAGUUUUGAGAAAAAUUUUGAGUCGCUGGACCUUGCAGAAUUUGCUAAGAAGCAGCCAUGGUGGCGCAAGCUGUUUGGGCAGGAAUCUGGGCCCUCGGCUGAAAAAUACAGUGUGGCGACCCAGCUGUUAAUUGGAGGCGUCACUGGCUGGUGCACAGGUUUCAUAUUCCAGAAGGUUGGAAAGUUGGCUGCAACGGCUGUGGGAGGUGGAUUUUUUCUCCUUCAGCUUGCAAACCAUACUGGGUACAUCAAGGUUGACUGGCAGCGAGUGGAGAAGGACAUGAAGAAAGCCAAGGAGCAGCUGAAGAUCCGUAAGAGCAACCAGAUACGCAGCGAGGUCAAAAGCAAAGCAGAGGAGGUAGUGUCAUUUGUGAAGAGGAACGUCCUAGUCACUGGUGGAUUUUUCGGAGGCUUUCUGCUCGGCAUGGCAUCCUAAAGGAGACGACUGCACUUUGGUUCUUGCUGUGUUUUCCAGCCCGUAGCCUGUACACUCCGUCAUAGCCAUCAGGUGUCUCCUGCUUCUCCUCCUCCGUGCCUUCCUCCCCACCGUGACGUAUCUGAAUGGCUUCCGUGGGCAGCUGUCAGCUCGAGUCGUUACAACCCGACUGUGAGCCCGAUGACAACGGACGAGACCGUAGACGUUAGCCCUUCCCCGCACUCUCCCGACUUGACUAAUCUGUAGGUCAGCAAAAAUGUUCCUUUCCCUCCUCUCGUAGAAGACACGUCACAGCAUGGCACCAGCUGGCUCGGCCUGGGGGACCCUCAGAGGCUGUCCCAGACUUGAUUCCGAAAGAAGUCAUAGGCGUAGAGAUACCUUAUGUGCUGCAUGGAAAGGAACUGAAUACAUUUGCCUUUAAGCAUGAAAGA